AUGUGCACUGUGAGCCCUCUCAGAGUGGCGCGUGCGCAAGCGGAGCCCGAGCAAACGUUGAGCAGGGUCGCGGCCCUGCGGAGUUGAAGCUGGUGGUUUCAAUGCUGUCCCCUGAGGCGGAACGGGUGAUGCGGUACCUGGAGGAAGUGGAGGAGCUCGCCGAGGCGGUGCUGGCGGACAAGCGGCAGAUUGUGGACCUGGACAUCAAAAGGAAUCAGAACCGAGAGGGCCUGAGGGCCCUGCAGAAGGAUCUCAGCCUGUCUGAUGAUGUGAUGGUUUGCUUCGGGAACAUGUUUAUCAAGAUGCCUCACCCUCAGACAAAGGAGAUGAUUGAGAAAGAUCAGGAUCAUCUGGAUAAAGAAAUAGAGAAACUCCGGAAAGAACUUAAAGUGAAGGUCUACCGCCUCUUUGAGGCCCAAGGCAAACCGGAGCUGAAGGGCUUUAACCUGAACCCCCUCAACCAGGAUGAGCUGAAAGCUCUCAAGGUCAUCUUGAAAGGGUGAAACUCAAGAACCAAGAUAGGGGACCUAUCCCCCACCCUGGGGUCAUGGAAGACCCAGGACUCCCCAACCUUGAAACCUGAAAGGACAGGCUCUACCUUGUAAGGGAUCAGGCAUCAGGAAUCCAGCCAUGGCUCCUGUCCGAAGCCUCUUUGUCCAUAGCACUUGGCUGCUCCGUGGCGGCGGGAGGGAACCCUCAGCCUGCCGGUGUCUGCCAGCCUAACCACUGGGGCUGGGUGGACAUAAGACCCAUUGACAGGCCCUGGCAGCCACCAGCAGGUGGGUGGGGACAGCGUCUGUGGGGGUAUGAGAAUGACCGCAGCAGACACUUCUCAACAGUGGCCUGCUGUUUAAAUGGGCCCCAGGCAGGGCAGAAAGGAGAGGGAAGAGUGGGAGCUUCAUUCCAGCAUUCCGCUCAGAAAGGGGGAGAGACGUUUUCAAGCAGUGUGUGCGUAAUAACUGGAAUAAAGCAGGAGGUUCACAGGUGGUUUCUGAACAAAGGUCAGAAUCUUGGUGCUUUGUGGUUCACCAUAGCCAUCUGUUAAGCAGAUGCCCCAUUUUCCCCCACUGCCUCCAUUUUUGCCCAUUUUCCUGCUUGAUCCCUGAUGGAGCCAGGUAGGUGCUGCCUAUCAACCCCCCACAGCUGCUCUUUAGUCAGAACAGCCUUACAGAGUCCUGCGUCAGAGAUGGGGGAGGGGGACUCUCAGCAUUUUAGGCAUAUUCAGGAUGCCCCUCCACCACCUCUGAAAGCAAGACCUGCGCCCGCACUGCUCUCGGGGUUCCCGUCUGCCUUCAGUGGUCUCAGAUCCUAAUGCGAAUGUGCUGUGAGGGCAACAUGGUGUGUUUCCUGUUCAUUGAAGGCUCAAUAAAUGUUACCUAGUGAAUGAA